AUAAAUAACUGCAGACCUUGUGUAUAUAGGAUACUCAAUUAUGUGAAUAAAGAUUAUCAGUUUCAUUCUCAAGUUUCUGUCAUAAUAGUGGUAUCAGAGCCACAGUCUCAAGCGGGACUAACAUUAAACAACCAUGGUCGACGAAACACCCAAAACCACCAAUUCCAAAACCCAAAAGUCAAGCUCAGGCAAAACCGUGAUUACCACACCCGUUGUUAUCAAUACCAGUACCAGUUUAAACAAUAUCAUAGCUUUUAUUGCUGCUCAAUUCCCAGUCAAACUCACCUCUGAUAAUUAUACCAUGUGGAGCCAACAGUUUACCUCAUUGCCCCGAGUUUAUCGACUGACUGAUUUUUUGCAGGGUACCAGGCCAUGUCCUCCAGCAGAUGACAUACCCGACUCACCAUAUGAUUUGUGGGUGAGGCAAGAUCAAUCAAUACUACACGCAAUUAUGACUUCAGUAUCAGAAUCCAUUCACCCAUAUGUAUCUAGUGCUGAGACCUCGCAUGAAGCUUGGGUGAUACUUGAAAGGCUUUAUGCAAAUAGCUGUCGUACGAGAGUUAAUGCAUUGAAAGAAAGGCUCCAGAACCUUUGGUGUGAAGCCCAUGAAGAGUCUCUACAAAGAAAGGAGGCUCUUGUUGGUGAUACCAAGGCACCAAUCACAACACAAUUUGCUUUUGUGCAUCCUCGUACUGUUGGAAAUCCUAGCGGCUAUGGUGGCUUCAAUGCUUGGAACUCAGUAGGUGGCCAUUAUGAUGGAGUCCAAGCACACUUCAAUCGGACUUCUAAGCCCAACGCAACAGCUUCACCUUAUACCAACAGCCAAUUUAAUGGGUAUGCCCCAAAGGGUCGUCGAGGAGCCCGAGGAACUUGUGGAGCCCAAGGAGGAAAAAAUAAUUGGAAUUCCUCCAACAGGUAUAAUAGUUACAAUGCUAAUGCAUGUCAAUUGUGCAAUAGUUUUGGACAUUUUGCCAGAAACUGUCCUGCACUCAAAAAUCAUGCUCAUGUUGCCAACUUUGCAACAACUUCCACUUCAAAGAAGGGUGAUUGGUGGAUAGAUUCUGGAGCCUCUGAUCAUGUUACUCCUGACUUGGCAACCUUAGCACUUCACUCAAAAUAUGAUGGGUCUGAUGAACUACUCAUUGGUGAUGGAUCAGCCGACCCAUCCAUUGUUGUCGGUGCUUCGCCAUCUUCUGGAUUUGGCCCUCAAGCAGCAGUCUCUAGUGCGGCCUCCACAGUUGUUAAUCAAGUAAACUUUCUCAACCCUCCAUCUCUUUCUACCUCAGUCCAUGAUCUUGUCCCUUUCCCUGUUUCCCCGAUAGAAAUUCCUAGGCCAGUGCCAUUUCUCCCCCAUUCCGGCUCAACUACCACCUCGUCUCCAGCACCAAACCCGCCUCCUAUCCCUCCUCGGACUCAUGGCAUGACUACUAGAUCUCAACACAAUAUUUUCAAACCCAAAACCUUAUUCACUGCAACUAAACAUCCCAUUGAUCCACCCUUAGAGCCCACUUGUGUUAGUCAAGCUUUGAAACAUCCUCAAUGGCGUCAGGCUAUGUCUGAUGAGUUUAAUGCUUUGGUUAACCAAGGCACUUGGGAGUUGGUUCCACCUAAUGCCCAUCAACAUGUGAUUGGCUGCAAGUGGGUAUUCCGGGUUAAACAGAAUAAGGAAGGCAGGGUUGAAUGGUUUAAAGCUCAUCUUGUGGCUAAAGGAUUUCAUCAAAGGCUUGGUUUUGAUUACUUUAACACUUUUAGCCCUGUUAUUAAACCUGUUACUAUUCGGGUUGUUCUUUCUUUGGCAAUCACUCAGAAUUGGUCUAUUCGACAAUUAGAUGUUAACAAUGUUUUUCUCCAUGGAAAGCUUGAGAAGACUUGUUUAUGGCUCAACCACUCGGGUUCAUUGAUGCUAGUCUACCUAUGCAUGUUUGUCGGCUUCGGAAGUCUAUCUAUGGCCUCAAACAGGCUCCUCACACAUGGUUUCAAGAGUUGAAAAGCUUUUUACUCUCUCAUGGGUUCCAGAAUUCUAGAUCAGAUACAUCUCUUUUUAUCUAUCGCAAUGGGUCUAAUUGCUUAUAUUUUCUGGUUUAUGUUGAUGAUAUCAUUGUGACUAACAGCAAUCCAUAGUUGAUUGAUUCUUUGAUUCAAUUGAUAAGCAACACAUUCUCUAUCAAAUACCUUGGUUCCCUUACUUAUUGUUUGGGAGUUAAUGCUAUCUUCACUCCUGUAGGCCUUUUUCUUUCCCAGGCUCAAUAUAUUCGUGACCUACUA